AUGCAUGGGAACAAAACGCCAUCUUUCUGCUGCCCACCUUUUCCCCCACUUUGCCCCCUUCGCAUGCACGUCCUUUCAGACUGGAUCAACACCCUUCCUGUGAGCAGCGCCAUUCUCCCGCCCUUCACCAUUCUCACCAAGGGCACCAAGCGCGAAACAGCAGGGAAGUUCAUGGCAAGGCCAGUCACCCUCUUCGCAUACCCGCCCGGCCUGUCCCAGACCACCCAGGGAUGCGGUGUGGAGCUGGCUUUCUCAGUCAACUUCACCUUCUCCCUCGUUCCCGAGUCUGGCAUUACUGGGUCCAAUGGCUUUGCGUUUGUAAUCGCAGCAAAGGCCAAGGUGGGGAGGGGAGACGGCGUGGGGUAUGGCGGGGUGGGAGCACGGAGUCUAGCGGUGGAGUUUGACACGUUUCAGAACGGCAACCACAGCGAUGUGAGCCGGCAGCACGUGGGGCUCAAUAUCAACGGCCUGGAUCGAUCCUUGGUUGCUGAGGUGUCCCCUUACACACUCACAGAUGGCAAUGCAUACACAGCAUGGGUGGACUAUGAACCUGGGCCUGGGUAUCCUGGGGAUCCCGGCACCAUGCGGGUGUUUCUAGCUGGGUCCAUGACAAAGCCAGAGGAGCCGUUGCUACAGCAGGAUUUGUCUCUGUGUGCGGUGCUUCAGGGUGGUGUGCGGCAGGGCGCGUUUUACUUUGGUUUUGUGGCGUCCACUACUAUGAAGCCAUUCCAGCUGCAUGGCAUUGUGCGCUCUGCCAUGCAAACAGAUGCGUGCUGGGCGUAUGCGGUGGUGGCGAGCAUAGAAGCAGCGUACGGCAUUGCAAGGCAUCACAGCGCGCCCCAGCUGUCAGUGGAGCCGCUCUUUGCAGCCAUGGGGUUGGCUGAUCAAGACAAAUGCUCCGCUGGAGGCUCACCCACCGAGGCCUUUGAAAAGCUCGUUGCUCUUGAUGCCGGCAGUGGGCUCACCUCGGUCAGUGAAUCCGCAACAAAGUACCCCAUCCAGGGAUUUGAGCGCACAUCAUUCAAGGGGUAUGUGGGGCUCAUGCUGGCAGUGCGGCGGCAGCCAGUUGUGGUUCACAUUGAAGCCUCUGCUGACACGUUUGUCAGCUACGACGGGACGUUCAAGUACCAGGAUCCUGAGUGCUACACGGGCAAUCUGAACCACGUUGUACUCGUUGUAGGCUACUUUAUUAAUAGAAACGAUGGCAGCCAGAACCGCAUUGCCCCGCCGUUUUGGAUCAUCCGCAACUCGUGGGGAGAGGAGUGGGGCGACAGGGGCCACAUGCGCAUGGACAUUCAGGGAGGGGAUGGCGUGUGUGGCAUCAACGUGCUGCCUGGCAUCUACCCCAUUGUCAAGAUCCCGGGGGACCCGUGCAGCAGCAACAGCUACAGGGGCGACCAGGAUAUGUCUGGCAUGAACCCGUGCGGUCGGUUCAGGUGCAAUGCGGUUGACGACACCAGCUAUACCUGCACCUGCACCAUAGAAGGAGCUGCCCGGCAGCCGUUUGUUGAGGCUGACAACGGGAAUGGCGCCAGCACGUGUGCUUAUGGUGAGCUGGAAGGUUCUACCGGUGCGCUAUGUAUGUGUAACCAGCACAUGCAGCCUACCUCUCUGUUCCCCACCAUGUUCAACCAUGCACACACCAUGCUCCAGGGAGACCUCUGUUCAACCAUUGCGGAUCAGACCAACUUGGAUGAAGCCUCCCUGUCUGCGCUCAACCCCGGGCUUGACUGCUCCACGCCCAUCAAGGCGGGCCGUUCCGUGUGCAUCGAGCGCAACGCCGCAUUCGCCUUCACUGUCCCUGAGUGUGUGAAGCACGGCAUGCUCACGCCGCAAGACACGUGCGAGCGCCUGCUCCAGAGGACUGUGAACGAGCCUAACCUGAGCGCAGAGCACUGGACCGAGCUCUACCGCAACAACCCCGGCCUGACUUGCUCCGACAACAUCCCUGCCUCUGCCUCUGUUGUUGGCAGCAAGAUUGGCGUGCAGGUUUGUCUUAGGGCAGAUUAUUGGUCAUUCAGAUUGGGCUUCUGCAAGAAGGGGAGGGUCAAGCCAGUCUCACCAACAAUGGCAUGUUCAGCUGCUUAUCGCUUUUACAGCGGAGUUACGACCACAGCUAUUUCAAAUUUCUAUGAAUAUAAUGCUAGCACAGAUUCCGGAGGAGACGGAAAGAAGACAUCUGCAAAAGGCGACAGGAAGGCGGAAGUUUCGGAGAGAGAAAAUGAUGCUGGGGAGAGCAAGCAUGGAUUCAAGGACCAUUCAAAUUCUUCACGAGAUGCAACAGUGUCAGUGCCAGAAAGCGUCUACCUUCUACGACCCAAAGUAUCAGACUGGGAUGCAAAGCGAGCAGCACACAUAGCGGCGAACCCGGGGUGCAACCGGACGUCAAAGGGCAAGCCACGGGUGAUGAUUGUGACAGGGUCCAACAGCAAGCCGUGCGGGGAGCACGGAGAGAGCGACUUUCUGCUUCUCAAAUUCCUCAAGAAUAAGCAGGACUACGCGCGUAUCCACGACCUGCCGAUAUUCUAUGGCAUGGGUGCCAUGAACAAGGAUUUUCCCGGGUUUUGGGUGAAGAUUCCUCUGCUGCGCAUGCUCAUGCUCAGGUACCCAGAGGUGGAGUGGUUCUUCUGGAUUGAUUCAGACGCCAUGAUCACAGACAUGGCAUUUGAGUAUCCGAUAGAGGAGCACUCGUCUUCCACCGUCGUCCUAUCUGGCUUCCCAGAUACACUUUUCAAGCAAAGGGACUGGGUGGCCAUCAACACUGGAGCCUUUUUCAUAAAAAACUCCCAGGAUGGGUUGGACUUUCUGGAUGACUGGUCAACGUUUGGAAGCAGUGAGGCAGUGCGCUUGCAAUGGGGCCACGUUGCCAGCAAAACGUUGCGUGGCCGUUCUGAUUGGGCAGUGGAUGAUCAGACAGCUCUGGUGCUGCUGCUGCUGGGGGAGGGGGAGACCCCUGAAAGCCAGAAGAAGGGUUUGAUGCCUCUCAAGGACAAAUGGCUUCCGCGCAUUAAGCUUGACUGGCAGACAACCUUGCAUGGUUAUUGGGUGUCCUUUGUUGACAAGCUAGAGGAGAUUCAAAGCACGAAGCACAACGGACAGGGUAACUGGGACUGGCCGUUCACAGUGCAUUUUGUUGGCUGCAAGCUAUGCUCAAGGGAAGCGUCUAGUUAUGACCCGGACACUUGCAACAAGGGCAUUCAUCGGGCCUUUGCUUUUGCUGAAAAUCAAGUUUUGCUGUCGAAUCUCAACAUGGAUCGAGGAAGGCUAAGCGCGAAGCGGCUGCUUUUGCUAUCCGUGCUCCUCCCUGCGAUCUUUCUCUCCUACUCCGUGUUUACGCCGUCUGCAAUCAUCGAGACGAACGCAGACCCCCAGCCAGUAGUGUCCCCGGGGUCGCGGAAACUUCACAUCGCUUCGGAAGACGGGGAUUCGUCGGAUGGCUUACCGGAGAAACCUAGAAAGGAAGAUUCCGAUGUAAUAAUGACCGAGGUGGAGGCGAGUUCGAGAACACCUGCAAAAGGCGAAAUCAAGGCGGAAGAAAACGAAGUUGAUGCUGGAAAGAACAAGCAUGGUUCAAAGGAGCAAUCGGAUUCUUCUGGAGAUGCAGCUGCAAAGAAAGCAUCUAAGGACGAAACGGCAGUGUCAUUCCCGGAAAGCGUCUAUCUCCUACGACCCAAAAUAUCAGACUGGGACGCAAAGCGAGCAGCACACAUAGCGGCGAACCCGGGGUGCAACCGAACUGCUAAGGGCAAGCCACGGGUGAUGAUUGUGUCAGGGUCCAACAGCAAGCCGUGCGGGGAGCACGGAGAGAGCGACUUUCUGCUUCUCAAAUUCCUCAAGAAUAAGCAGGACUACGCGCGUAUCCACGACCUGCCGAUCUUCUAUGCCAUGGGUCCCAUGAACAAGAAUUUUCCCGCGUUCUGGGUGAAGAUUCCUCUGCUGCGCAUGCUCAUGCUCAAGUACAAGGAGGUGGAGUGGUUCUUCUGGAUUGAUUCUGACGCCAUGAUCACAGACAUGGCGUUUGAGUACCCGAUCGAGGAACACUCGUCUGCCACCGUCGUCUUAUCUGGCUUUCCGGAUACCCUCUACAAGCAAAGGGAUUGGGUGGCCAUUAACACUGGAGCUUUUUUCAUAAAAAACAGCCAGGAUGGGUUGGACUUUCUGGAUGACUGGUCAACGUUUGGCAGCAGUGAGGAAGUGCGCAAGCAAUGGGGCCACGUUGCCAGCAAAACGUUGCGUGGCCGUGCUGAUUGGCCAGUGGAUGAUCAGACGGCUCUGGUCCUGCUGUUGCUGGGGGAAGGGGAGACCCCUGAAAGCCAGAAGAAGGGCGUGACUCCUCGCAAGGACAAAUGGCAACCACGCAUUGAGAUCGAUUGGCGGACAACCCUGCAUGGUUACUGGGUGUCCUUCGUUGACAAGCUGGAGGAGAUUCAAAGCACGAAGCACAACGGACAGGGUAAUUGGGAGUGGCCGUUCACAGUGCAUUUUGUUGGCUGCAAGCUAUGCUCAAGGGAAGCGUCUGAUUACGAUCCCGACGUUUGCAACAAGGGCAUUCAUCGGGCCUUUGCGUUUGCUGAAAACCAAAUUUUGGGUGAAUUUGGCCUCCAUCAUGCUAAUUUGAGCGAGCCAGCGAUCUCCCUCUGCUCGAAUCUCGAGAAGCCUCAAGGCUUGUCUUUGACAAUGGGAUCGUUGGCGCUGCCAACGCGCUCUCUCGGUGCGCAGCGGCCAGGCACGAAUGCAAAGCUGGCUCUUUUCACCCCCGCCAACUACCACGUGCCACGUAGCAAAACACCGCCGGCUGGCGGCGGAUCCGCGUCCGCGUUCCCCUUCCCUGGCGGCCUUUGUUCUUUCCUACCCCAUAGCCUCGUGUUCCGCGCGAUCGCCGCGGUGCUGCUCGUGCUCCUCGCCGUCUCGCUGGAGCUUCUCCUGCUUACUUUCUUCCAAUCCCGUGCUGCCACGUCACCGCUCAAAGCUCUGUUUCCCCAGCGACCAGCUCCCGCCGCUCCGCCGAUCUCCGAUCCCCCCGCCGCCCCGCAGCUUGCGCCAGUGCUAGCGAAAGACUCCCCCUCAGAAUCCGCGCGCGACAGUGGCAGCGUCGGCGGCGGCGGCGUCCCCGUUGCCCCUGUCUUGCCCACCUGGACAAUGAUCCCGCGCAUUGUGCCGCUGGUGGCGCCGACUUUCGAACCGCCGCCGCUGGCGGUGGUCUGGGCGGGGUCUAAAUGCAGCGACGAUUGCCACAAUCGAGGCACCUGUAACGAGGAAAUCGGUGCAUGUAGGUGCAUGCCCGGAUAUGGGGGUGAGCACUGCACAGAGCUGGUAAUGCCUGGGUGCACGAAGAUUCCAGGAAAUGAGGACGCGGGAGAGAAGGCGGAUGAGGGGAACGGUGGUGGUGUGGUUGCCAUGUCGCCGUGUUUCGUCCACUCUUCCUGCGCCUGGAAGGCAUGUGAGGCAGUGGCGGAGGGUGUGGGGUGUGUGAACGCGUGCAGUGGGCGAGGGGAGUGCGUGGAGGGCACGUGCCGCUGCCAGUACUGGACGUUUGGAGUUGACUGCUCGCUGUUUGUUGGCACCAUGGGCGGAAUCAGGAACCUCCUCUUCCCCCCGUUCCGCUGGGCGCACCACAUACCUCCCCCUUCGCUCGCGCUGAUCGCCGCAUCCCGUCCGCUCAUCUACGUAUACGACCUGCCCUCGCCCUCCACCACAUGGCCCCUGCGCCUCUCCCCACGCUCCCCUCACAUCGAGCCACUGCUCUUCCUCGAACGCCUGCUAAACAGCGGGCACCGCUCUGCAACCCCUGAUACCGCAGACUUGUUCUACGUGCCACUCUUCUUCCGGUGGGUGUGCUUCAAUGACAAGGCACUCGAUGUCAGCCUCCUAGCAUCCACAAUCACCUACAUCCGCACCACAUGGCCCUACUGGGACCGCCGCAACGGCUCUCAUCACAUCUUCCUCCUCCCCGCCCCCCUCUCUCGCUGCACUAUCGAGGAUUCCGCGUCCACCGAACCCCUCCUCUCACGCAGUAUCGUACUCUCCACGUGCGGUUACACCCGCUCGCUCGCUCCCCCCUCAUCCCGCGGUCAAGGGGAGGCAACGGAGCAGCAGAAUCAAGACUCAUCAAAUUCAGCGCCGCUGCCACAGCUGCCGUGCUUUCAGCGGGGGCGGGACGUGGUGAUACCGCCUGUGCUGCGGUUGAAGGAUUACCAUGCGAUUCCAUUCUUGGAAUUAAUGAGAGAGGAAGUCUCCCCUGCUGACAGUAGCAACGGCAGCGAUGGAGACAGCAGCGGCAGUGUUGACAAUUUCUCUGUCUUGCCCCCUCGCCCGACAAUUCUUUUCGCCUGCUUUGCUGCUUCAGACCAGCAGCAGCAGAAUCACACGGGUCUGGGUUCCUCCGUGGGAAAACGCUUUUUGGAGCUCUUUGAAUCGCGAGCAGCUGAGCUCAAGUGGCAAAUAGAGGUGCGGGAAUCAGCCAAGGUGCGGGUAUCCGACUUGCUCAACGCAACCUUCUGCCUCACCACAGCCACCCAUGGCCGGUAUUCAUCGGCUGUAGCGAGCGUGCUAGCCGGGUGCAUUCCCGUGGUGGUCCAAUCACACUCUCUCCUCCCUCUCGACAACCCUCACGGGCUCAACUGGACCGCGUUCUCCCUCCGCGUCUCUCUUGCAAACCUCCCGGAUCUCCCGGUUCUCCUCUCCUCCCUCUCCCCGCAAGCCGUUGCUGCGAUGCAGCGGGGGUUGCGAGAGGCGUGGCCGAAGCUGGUGUGGGCGAGUUCGCAGUUCAACCCGCUGCCUUCGAACGGUUCAGUGGAGGAAACUCCCACAAAAGAGACCCAGGAAGAGCAGCAGCAGCGCAUCCAAGCAGCACAGGCAUACGACGGGCCAGGCCCGGACCUCUCCCGCCCAUCCAAAUGCCCCGAGGCGUGCACAGCGCACGGCACAUGCAACGAGGAGCUAGGCCGCUGCGACUGCCCCCCUGGAUUCACCGGCCCCACAUGCGAAACUAUUGCCAUGCCGGAAUGCCACUUGGGGGAGAGCAAGGACAGCACAGGGACGGGAGUUGCAUACGCUACCCCGUGCUCUGUGAUCAGCACGUGCGCCUGCGCUGCUGCCUGUGCGCGGUGGCGCUUGCUGGGUUUUUUCGAGUGCUUUGAGGGGAAUCGGCCGGACGGAACCCCUGAGACGAACCUCUCGGCCAUUUUCUCUGGGACAAGAUAUGCUGUGCAGCUGGAUGCGCAGUUUCGGGAUGCAGCGGCGGGGGUGGGGAAGGAUGGGAAGGGGCGGAGAGCGGUGGUGAGUGAUGGGCCCAGCCCGUGGGCUGGUCCGGAGGAGUGUGAGAGCAUGUGCUCGGGACGGGGGGCGUGUCAGAAGGAGUCCAAGGUGUGCACGUGA